UCUACUCACGACUUCAUCCUGCGUUUACUUUUUAAAAUUACAAAAAGUCAAAACCAACGUUUCACUGCAUCAUCACCAUUGCUCUCUCUCUCUCUCUCAAUAAUGGUCGUUAAUACGCCUCAACCGUCUUCUCCUUCUCCCUCUACAUUCUUGCCACCUCUGCAACCUUCUCGUUUUUGAUUAGACGUCUUCUGACUCUAAUGUCGCCAGGUAGAUCACAGUUCCGGCGAACAGAGAGGAGUUGUGCUACGCUCUGCUGUUCUCCGGUUUCUUCAACGUGCUUACAGCUCUAUCCAGCUCGUCUUCUUCUCCGUAAAUGGUUUAACAUUCCAAACACUGAAUCAGAUCUUGCCCCUGAAAGUGACGAUGAAGAUCAAGAAGACAAUGAUUGCGCUGAAGAUUCUGAAACCGAAGGAAUCGAAGAAGGUCUUCUUGACAAUGAUGAUGCACAACCAGAGCUGAGAAGAAGGAACUCUGAAACGUUUCGGAAUCAGUAUAUGGACACCAAAUCAGUCAGAAUCUGUGUUGGGACUUGGAAUGUUGGAGGAAGAGUUCCACAAAAUGACUUGGAUAUUGAUGGUUGGGUAGAUACCAUUGAACCUGCAGACAUUUAUGUUCUUGGUCUUCAGGAAAUUGUUCCACUGAAUGCUGGAAACAUUUUUGGUGUUGAAGAUGACAAGCCUGUGUCUAAAUGGGAGGAUACCAUACGUGACGCUUUAAACAGGAUAAGACCGAGCAAGUUAAAGAUCAUAAGUUACAGUGAUCCUCCUUCUCCAUCAAAGUUUAAACCAUUGGAAGAGGUCUCUGAUGUGGUAGAAGAUAUGUUUACUUGCAAUGUUAUUCAUCCGGUUGAUGAAGAUUUCGAAAUCGAGGACGGUAUUGUAAACGCUAAUUACGGUAAGGGAUCAUGCUUGCCGAGACAAGAGUAUCUGCAGAGGCAGUUCUCAUCCCCAAAGACGCUGGACAGGUUAUUGUCAAUGCAGCUUGACGACACUGGUUCUAAACGUGCCAAGAGUUUAAACCGGUGGUUUAGUUACUCAGAGAGAGUUGGUUUGAGCUGGCCAGAACCUCCUUUGAGAUUGUUGAACCAACAUGUUAGGGAAAGACGUUGUUCCUACAAGUCUUCAUUGAAGCCGUUUAAGAAUUAUAACUCUUUCAAAGCAACUGCAAACAACCAUGGUGUUGCGCCAGGGAAGAAGACGCCUCUGCUUACGGAUAUAGACUUUAAGCCUCUCAUGAAUACGAGGAAACCUUCGUAUGUACGGAUUGUUAGCAAACAGAUGGUUGGAGUUUUUUUAACAAUAUGGGUUCGGAGGAGCUUGAGGAAACAUAUACGUAAUCUCAGUUUGUCUACUGUGGGUGUUGGCGUUAUGGGUUACAUUGGUAACAAGGGAGCUGUAUCGGUGAGCAUGUCAGUGUAUCAGACACCGUUUUGUUUUGUCUGCACGCAUCUAGCGUCUGGGGAAAAAGAUGGAGAUCACAGAAAAAGAAACGCUGAUGUAAGCGAUAUUCAUAGAAGAACUCAGUUUCAUCCUCAUGAAACAAGACUUCCAAGAAGCAUCCGUGAUCAUGAAAGAAUAAUCUGGCUAGGAGAUUUGAAUUAUCGGAUUAACUUACCGUAUAAGAAGACACAUGAGCUUAUUGCAAGAAAAGAUUGGAAGAGGUUAGCUGAGAAGGACCAGCUUGCGAGAGAAAUGAGACAAGGGCGUGUAUUCGAGGGAUGGUCAGAAGGAAAUCUAGAUUUCCCACCAACUUACAAAUACGAUAUCGAUUCAGAAAGUUACAGAGGAAAAGAUCACAAGUCAGGGAAACGAACACCAGCCUGGUGUGAUCGCAUUAUAUGGUAUGGGAAAGGAAUGAAGCUUAUGAGUUACAGAAGAAGUGAGAUUAUCCUCUCUGAUCACCGGCCAGUCACAGCUACAUUUGUUGUAGAGGCUGAAGUUUUCUCUCCGCGGAAGCUUCAGCGUACUCUCACGCUCACCAACGCAGAGAUUGAUAGCCAUGAAGCUUUUGUACAGGAGUAGCUAUAUACUAAAAUCAGAUCCAUUCAAUUCAUUCGUCUUUUUGUUCGUAAUUGUUUCAUAUCUUUUCCUGUCUAUAGAUUAUAUUUGUGACAUGUCUCGUCAAAGAAACGUAUAUGUUCAAGGUGGUAAGGGUGUGAAUAGUCUUAGUGUGAAAUACACAAUCCUAUUACU